GCUGGAGGAGCUCGAGGCUGAGAGCGGCUGGGGAGCCGGUAGCCACGGGGACGCUGGGCUGCGAGCGCUUUAGAGAUGUUUUACUCAGGUGUGCUCACCGAGGGUGGCCGGAAGGAGACCGACAUGCGGGAGGCGGCGUCGUUGCGGCAGCAGCGCCGGAUGAAGCAGGCCGUGCAGUUCAUCCACAAGGACUCUGCCGACCUGCUGCCCCUAGACGGCCUCAAGAAGCUGGGCUCGUCCAAGGACACGCAACCUCAUAACAUUCUGCAGAGACGCCUCAUGGAAACCAAUCUGUCUAAGCUCCGAAGCAGCCGUGUCCCUUGGGCCUCCAAGACCAGCAGACUCAAUCAGGCUAAGUCUGAGAGUCUAAAGAAGUCUGAGGAUGAUGACAUGAUUUUGGUGUCUUGCCAGUGUGCUGGAAAGGAUGUGAAAGCCUUGGUUGACACAGGCUGUCAAUAUAAUCUCAUCUCCUCAGCCUGUGUGGACAGAUUGGGGCUUAAGGAGCAUGUCAGAUCUCACAAACAUGAAGGGGAGAAGCUUUCUCUUCCCCGGCAUCUCAAAGUAGUGGGCCAGAUUGAGCACCUAGUGAUCACACUGGGCUCCCUCCGCCUGGACUGCCCAGCAGCUGUGGUUGAGGACAAUGAGAAAAACUUGUCCCUGGGUCUUCAGACACUCCGAUCCUUGAAGUGCAUCAUAAAUCUGGAUAAGCACCGGCUGAUCAUGGGCAAGAUAGAUAAAGAAGAAAUCCCUUUUGUGGAGACAGUUUCCUUGAAUGAAGACAACACUUCAGAAGCAUAAUUACAGCCUGCAGCGUGUCUGCACUUAAUGCACACACACCAAGUUGACAAAUUGCAGUACCAAAUGCAGUAGCAACUUGCUGUGGACCAAGUCCUUCCCUCUCAUAGAAGCUCCAGGGAAGCUCCUCCCAACCCAGACCUCUCUAGACUAUAGUUUGUGCUUAGAGAUCUUGUCUGGUUAUAGCCAUUGUUUUUCACUUUUUGAUCACUUAAUUUAUAGACCUUUUGACACUGCCAGGUCUCACUUUUGGCCUAUUUCUCUGCUUCUUCCAGGAAUUUGCUUUUCCUAGUCAAGCAUAGGGGCUGUUGGGUUCUAUUUCUCCAUAGAUAAACUUGAUUCUUUUCCUGUAGUUAAAUGUAUAAUAAUCAGGGACAUGACCUUUUCUACCUUUUAGCUGUUUCAAAGAGAUGUUGGAGACCUAUGUCGUGGUAUUAGAAUUUCUUCUAAUUCUUUCAUUGAUUAUUCAAGUUUGAAUCUGAAAGAUCCCAGAGAAGUCAUAUAGUCCAACUCUUUCAUUUAAAGGUCCAAAGAGGCAAGUAGAUUGUCUAACCUCAUAUACUGAGUGAGUAGAAGAAAGAGACAGAACUCAGACCCAACUUCCAAACCAAGGCCAUGUUCAUUCUCCCAUACUGCCUUAUUUGUCUUCAAGCCUUUGUAGGAAAGCAAAGAAGUAGGAAUAUGU